UAAGAUAAGAUUUUUAAUCAAUUGUAAGGUGUGCUUUCAGCUUUAUCAUUAUAAAUCGCCUUUGCAUGACAACCUUCUUCAGGGUGCAGUGUUACUCAGUUUUAUAUUUGUUUAAAGGGUAACAUUAGCUAAAGUUAUCUGUAUUUUUGCGAAAAAAAAUAAAUCGUUUAAAAGCUACAUAGAAAUAAAUAAAAUGUAUGAGAAAAUAGGACUGUGUGUCUCUGGAUUAGCUUUAAUCUUGAAUGUAGUGGGUGUUGCCAUCCCGUACUGGUUCUAUUCCGGCAGUAUACAGGGUGUACCAGGGACAAGUAUCAACUUUGGACUGUGGAAAAGCUGUGCGACCAUGCCUGAGAUCAUCCAUGGCCCCGUGAUUUCGAUGUGCAAGUCAUUUGAUGAUAUAGAAGAGUUUUCAUUGCCAUCUGAAUUCAAAGCGACACGAGCUCUUGAGAUUUUGGCCAUCCUUGUAACAGUAGCGGCUGCAGUUGUCGUCUGCUUGAAGAUGUUUGUUAAGAAGGACGACAACCGUCUGCUAUAUGCUGCUUCACCCGUUCCCUUUAUUGCAGGUUUGCUUAUGAUAAUCGGCGCAGUCGUCUUCGUGGCUGAUAACAAAGUGAAAAAAUUAAUCGAUUCAGAAAGCAACAUAGAUGUGAAACCCCAUGCAGCAUUUGGCCUCUGCAUUGUAUCAGGGAUCCUAAGUUUUGCUGCUGCAGUGCUAUACUUUCUCGCCGCCAGGACGAUUCCAGGUCUCCGGUAAAGCUGGGACUUACUUAUCCGGAGGUGUAAAUCUAAAACUCACAGUUAGAACAAGGAAUGACAUUGAUUUAUUUUAUCAGUAGGAUACGAAUAUAAGAAGCGACAGGCUCAGUCUCACCCUUUAAGACAUGUUGUUUUCAGUUUUAAUCAUGAAGAUAUGACUUGACUUCAGAUGCGAAAUUGCUCCUGUAGUGUUGAUACUGGUCGUUAUGAGGGUAUAAGUGAAGAUCUCAGAAAAUGUCUUUUUGUACUGCUCUGGAAAAUGAACAUCUUGUAGUUACAGUGCAAACAUUUAUAACGACAUAAAAGCUCUUUUUCAGAACCUGUUUCAUAACUAAAUAUAGUUUUCACAUAUUGUUUUGUGCCCCCUCCCCCCCCCCUCCCCCACCCACCCAAAAAAAAAAAAGUUUUUAUUCUGUUUGGGUUGGGGCACUUAGAGUUGCUCUUGUCCGUCCGUACAUCCGUCCAUCCGAAUUUUUGUCGUGCAUAUCUCGAAAGUAUUUGACCCAGAGUCAUUUAACCUCACAUGAUUGUUAUUUAGCACGGGAAGUAUCUGUACAUCUGACGUUUUAAUUGGGUUCUGUUACAGCCAGACCACAGUUAUGGCCAUUGACUUUGUCAGAAAUAGAUAUAAAAAGGACCUAAGUUUGUAUCUCAUGUAUCUUAAAAAUUAAUAAAGCCAGGAUAAUGAAACAUUACAGGAAUAUUAUUUAUCAUGUGAAAUUGUGCACAUUGGGGUUUGUUAGAGAUAUCACUCAGACAGAACAGAGUUGUAGCCCUUGACUUAGUCAAAAUAUGAGCCAUGCCAUGAGAAAACCAACAUAGUGGCUUUGCGACCCGCAUGGAUCCAGACCAGCCUGCGCAUCCGCGCAGUCUGGUCAGGAUCCAUGCUGUUCGCUUUUAAAGCCUACUGCAAUUAGAGAAACCGUUAGCGAACAGCAUGGAUCCUGACCAGACUGCGCGGAUGCGCAGGCUGGUCUGGAUCCAUGCUGGUCGCAAAGCCACUAUGUUGGUUUUCCCGUGGCACGGCUCAUAUGUAUAAAAAGGCAUAAAAUUUUGUGUCACAUAUAUCUCAUGAAACAUCAUAGGAAUAUUAUUCAGCAAAUAAAAUUGUGUACUUAGAAAUUUGGCUCGGAUGUCUGUCAGUCAGAUCAGAGUUAUGGCCCUCGAUUGUCAAAAAUAUGCAAAAAUGGCAUAUAAGUUUUUGUCGCAUGUAUCUUAAAAAGUAUAUUUGACUUAGAGUAAUAACAAAUGAGGGAAUUGUUAUAUGGCGUGUGAAGUUGCGCACUUGGUGUUCUGUUAAGGAUUUCACUAAACCGACCAGAAUUAUUAUAUAGUCCUUUACUUAGUUAAAAAUACACAUAAAGUGCCAAAAUAUUUGUGUGGCUUAUCGUAAAACUAUUUCACAUACAGACCUGAGACCAUGUAGAAAUAUCAUCAAGCAUGUGAACUUAUUUUGAAUUUAACUUUGCUAGACCAGAAUCAUGGCCCUUGACUUAGUCAAAAAUAAAAGUUUGUUUCUCAUUUGUUGUCCUAGAGUCAUAUAAUAUUAGAGGAUUACUAUAGAACAUGUACAGUUGUGUACACGUGGUGUUCUCUUUGUGAUUUUAAUCAGUUGGCCCGGAGUUAUGGUCCUUCACUUAGUGAAAAAAUACACAUAAAGUGCUUAAAGCUUGUGUUGCAUAUACUUAAACAAUACUUCACCUAGAGUCAUAAACCAUGUACAGUGACAGGAGUUGGGGGCACCUGUGUUCUAUAGACGCACAUUUUAAUAAAUCUUUUUUGCCAAAGUUUUCCUUUCCGAAGAAUAUGCAUCAAGUUGAUAAUCGAUAGCGGUAAGACUUGCUAUACAGAAAUAAGAAAAACAAGUGCACAUUUUACGUAAUAAUAAUAGAAAAUAUUAAGAAUUAGAGUCCUCGGGUGCAAAAGGUUUAUCCAUGUCCAUUAUUUUAUUCAUUCCAAGCUCUGGUCUGAUCAGAGAGUACAUAAUUUUCAUACUACCUUUUUAACUAGUGUGCAUUAGUACCCAUUUCCAGUUUCAUUCGUACAUUUAAAAUUUUCAAGUAAAGACAGUUUUAAUUAACAGAUCAGCAAAUGUAUCUGUUAGAUAGUUAAUGUGUUAGAAUUCAUUCAUGGUUCAUUACUAUAGUCUCUUUAUAACUCCUGCUUAGGACUGACAAUACUUACCUUGAAUUGUUAUAUUUGUAUAUUUACUUUGUAUGACUUUGUACAUCAGUGUGACAAAUAAAGAUUAAUACGC